GUUUGGUGGUCACGUGAUCACGAUCGACAUUGGGAAGUUUGUGGCCACGAGGUUUUGAUCCUCGAAAAUUAUUUAUUUGAUAUUGAGGGACUGUCGGCCGGCAAGAUUUCCGAUCGAAAAUGCCCUCCAGCAAUCCGCUACCACCCAAAGAAAAUGCACUUUUUAAAAGAAUCUUGAAAUGUUACGAACACAAAUUAUACAAAAAUGGGUUGAAAUUUGCCAAGCAAAUCUUGACAAAUCCAAAAUUUUCGGAGCAUGGAGAAACCUUGGCUAUGAAGGGCUUGACCCUGAAUUGCCUAGGAAGAAAAGAAGAAGCUUAUGAAUAUGUCAGAAGGGGUCUUAGGAAUGAUCUUAAGUCUCAUGUUUGUUGGCAUGUAUAUGGAUUACUGCAGAGGUCGGAUAAAAAGUAUGAUGAGGCUAUCAAGUGUUAUAGGAAUGCCCUUAAAUGGGAAAAGGACAAUUUACAAAUUCUUCGGGACCUCUCCUUACUGCAGAUACAAAUGCGUGAUUUGGAAGGUUAUAGGGAUACAAGGUAUCAACUUCUGAUGCUUAGACCAACACAAAGGGUUUCCUGGAUAGGCUAUGCCAUGUCUUUCCAUCUGCUGGAGGACUACAAAAAUGCCUUGAGUAUAUUGGCAACCUUUUUGGAUCAACCACAACAACCUAGCAACUUUGACUAUGAACACAGUGAGUUGCUGCUAUACCAGAACAUGGUUAUCCAGGAGUCUGGGGAUCUUAAAGGUGCUUUGAAGCAUCUUGAGACUGCGCAAGAUCAGAUUGUUGACAAGUUGACACUGAAAGAGAAUCUUGGUGAACUCAACCUUAAAUUAAAACAGUUUGAUAAGGCUGCAGAAUAUUAUGAGCAGCUUAUUCAGCGAAAUCCUGAGAACACAAUGUACUACAAGAAAUUAAUAGAAGCCAAACAGUUACAAACAUCAGAGGAAAUAGUAGAAUUUUAUCUGCAAUAUUCAGAAAAAUUCCCUCGAGCAAAUCCACCUAGAAGGUUACCCCUAAAUUAUGCAACUGGUGACAAGUUUAGGAAUCUGGUGGAUAAAUACAUGAGGCGGGCUUUAACAAAAGGAGUGCCACCAUUAUUUGUGGACCUCAGAGGUCUUUAUGGGGACAAGAAUAAAGUAGAAGUGAUUGAGGAGUUGCAGUUGAAGUAUGUUGAUGCUCUCAAAAAGUGGUCCAAAUUCAGUGAAUCGGAAGUAAAUAAUGGUCCUAAAGAGCCUGUAAGUGCUUUGUUAUGGGUCUAUUACUAUUUGGCGCAACACUACGACUACCUGAAACAGACUGAAAAGGCGUUAAGUUAUAUUGACGCCGCCAUUGAACAUACACCUACCUUGAUAGAGCUAUUUAUCGCUAAAGGAAGGAUAUAUAAGCACGCUGGCGACCCGAUGGAAGCGUGCUCGUGGCUGGACGAAGCUCAGGCGCUGGACACAGCCGACCGAUACGUGAACAGCAAAUGCGCCAAAUACAUGUUGCGGGCCGACAGGGUGCGCGACGCCGAAGCCAGUUGCGCCAAAUUCACGAGAGAUGGCGUGCCAGCCAUGGAGAAUCUGAACGAAAUGCAAUGCAUGUGGUUCCAGACUGAGUGCGCGCUCGCGUUCCAACGGCUCGGCAAGUACGGGGAGGCGUUGAAGAAGUGCCACGAGGUCGACAGGCACUUCAGCGAGAUAAUCGAGGACCAAUUCGAUUUUCACACGUACUGCACGAGGAAGAUGACGUUACGGUCAUACGUCGGCCUUCUGCGAUUGGAGGACGUCCUCAGAGGGCAUCCGUUCUAUUUCAAGGCCGCCAGAUGCGCCAUCGAAGUCUACCUCAAGCUGUUCGACGACCCGCUCAAGGACGAGAGCGCGGAGCAAGAGUUGAACACAGGUUAG